AUGUCCGGUCGUUUGAAAAGGCGGCUCCGUGAGCUCUCCGCGGGAGAGGAGCAGUUAGAUUUGUUUAUUAUGGAGCGGCAAAGGGUUGGCUCUUUGUAUGACGUUUUCAUGUUAAUUUACGUGCCAGCUGACAAGGUGGUCCGACCACCAGACUACCCCCUCCUCCCCCCUCGAGCCCCCCGGGGACAUAUCGUUUACUAA